AUGGACGCCAUGGUAGCGAAAGCUCCAGUAGACCCAGAGACAGUAGUUGAAGAUGUCGAGCACCUCAGCAUUUCCCCAUACGGGCCCGCAAGAUCAUCAGUCACCGAACAUCCGCUCAGCGAGGAUGAGGUGCGGAAGAUGACCGAUUAUUUCCAUGCUUCUCUGUACAUGUGCUUGGGCAUGAUCUAUCUUCGGAGGAACCCUCUUCUCCGCGACCCACUCACUCUGGACCAUCUCAAGCGACGCCUUUUGGGACAUUGGGGAUCGGAUGCUGGACAGAGCUUCACAUGGAUUCACAUGAACCGUCUUAUCAAGAAGUACGAUUUGGACGCUAUCUUCAUUUCUGGCCCUGGCCAUGGCGCGCCCGCUGUUCUCUCAAACAGUUUCCUCGAGGGAGUCUACUCCGAGGUCUACCCUGACAAGAGCGAGGAUGAGGAGGGUAUGAGGCGCUUUUUCAAAUCUUUCUCGUUCCCCGGUGGAAUUGGAUCUCAUGCCACACCCGAAACACCUGGUAGCUUGCAUGAGGGUGGUGAGCUAGGUUACUCUAUCUCUCACGCUUUCGGAACGGUCUUUGAUCACCCAGAUCUCAUCGCUCUGACUAUGGUUGGAGACGGUGAGUCUGAGACUGGUCCCCUUGCUACGAGCUGGCAUUCAACCAAAUUCCUGAACCCGAUCACGGAUGGUGCGGUCUUGCCCGUACUACAUCUGAAUGGCUACAAGAUCAACAACCCCACGGUUCUCGCUCGCGUGAGCCGCAAGGAGCUCGAAGCGCUCUUCGUUGGUUACGGAUGGACACCCUAUUUCGUCGAGGGCAGCGAUAUCCCAUCGAUGCACCAAGCUAUGGCCGCUACGAUGGAACGAUGUGUCACAAAGAUCCGCGAAUAUCAGAAAGAGGCUAGAGACUCGGGCAAAGCUUUCAGGCCGCGUUGGCCCAUGAUCGUGCUCCGUACACCCAAGGGCUGGACAGCACCCAGGAAGCUCGAUGGAGACCACUUCUUGGAAGGUUUCUGGCGUGCGCAUCAAGUCCCUCUUACGAAUGUUCUCAAGGAUAAGUCUCAGCUCAAAAUAUUGGAAGAGUGGAUGCGCUCAUACGAGCCUGAGAAGCAUUUCGACAAGAACGGCAAGCUUGUUCCUGAACUUAGAGAGUUGGCCCCCACUGGCAACAGGAGGAUGAGCGCCAACCCUGUCACAAACGGUGGUCUUAUCCGCCACAAGCUUCACGUACCCGACUUCCGUGACUACUCUAUCGAGGUGACCAAGGGUGGUGUCGCCAAGGUCGGUAGUAUGGCCAACUGCGCGGCCUUCUUGCGCGACAUCAUCAAAGAGAACCAGAAAGACUUUCGUCUAUUUGGUCCUGACGAGACUGAAUCCAACAAGCUCGGCAAGGUUUACGAGGCAGGCAAAAAGGUCUGGAUGGGCGAGUACUUUGAGGAGGACGAGGAUGGUGGUAACUUAGCUUACGAAGGGCGCGUUAUGGAGAUGCUGUCUGAGCACACUGUAGAGGGCUGGUUGGAGGGUUACAUCCUCUCUGGACGACACGGUCUGCUUAACAGCUACGAGCCUUUCAUCCACAUUAUUGACUCCAUGGUCAACCAGCACUGUAAAUGGAUUGAGAAGUGCCUCGAAGUCGAGUGGAGACAGAAGAUUGCUUCACUCAACAUUCUGCUUACUGCGACUGUUUGGCGACAAGAUCACAACGGAUUCACUCACCAGGACCCUGGAUUCCUCGACGUAGUGGCGAACAAGAGUCCUGAAGUUGUCCGUAUCUACCUCCCGCCAGACGCCAACUGCCUACUUUCAACGAUGAAUCACUGCCUUCGUAGCGAAAACUACGUCAACGUCAUCGUUGCCGACAAGCAAGAGCACCUCCAAUAUCUCACAAUGGAGCAAGCCAUCGCCCAUUGCACAAAGGGCGUUGGUAUCUGGGAAUGGGCGAGUAAUGACAAGGAUCAAGAGCCUGACAUUGUCAUGGCAUCGUGUGGUGAUGUUUCCACACACGAAUCCCUUGCCGCGACAGCAUUGCUACGCACACAUCUGCCUGAUCUCAAGAUCCGCUUCGUAAACGUUGUCGAUCUCUUCAAGCUCAUCGACGAGGAGCAGCACCCUCACGGUCUCAAGGCACACGAGUACAAGGCCAUCUUCACCGAUGACGUACCAUGUAUCUUCAACUUCCACUCCUACCCCUGGCUGAUCCACCGCUUGACAUAUGGACGCAAGGGCCAGCAGAACCUGAUCGUCCGCGGAUACAGGGAGAAGGGCAACAUUGACACUCCUCUCGAGCUGGCUAUCAGGAAUGGUACUGACCGCUACAGCUUGGCGAUUGACGCACUCGACAACAUCCCCAGCUUGGGUAACAAGGGUGCGGCAACGAGGGAGAAGUUACUUGAUGAGCAGAUCAAGGCCAAGAACUAUGCGUACCACGAGGGCAUGGACCCUAAGGAGACUGAGGACUGGGUUUGGCCGUUUUAG